AUGAAUCUUCCAUUAAAAUAUGAGUCAACAUAAGUCAUAUCUAUACAUUAAUAAUCAUUAUCAAACUUACUAAUUAGAGUUGCAUUUCUAUCAAGACUAAGAUUCACCAAUGUUGCUAUAGGUUACUCAAUUGUUACAUUCCUGAAAAAUAAAUUCUUAGCAAUGACCUCAGGUGCUUUAAAAGAUCCUAUUCUAAAGAACCCACUUCUUGUGUAAAUGUUUUCUACUGUUAUAUUUUCAAUUGUGAUCGAUAAAACUCUAAAUUACUCCUCUAACUAUAAAUGA